AUGUCCGUCUACAGCUUUGAGGAACCAGAUGGUGACAGCUCCAAUCGUAAAGUCACAGAAGUAGUCUCACCCAACCGUACCCUACAAGUUUUGCGUACAGAGCGCGAUCAUAUCGGAUAUGGGAAUUCGGAACUCCACUGCGCCUGCAAGAAAGGCUGCUCCUCCAGAUGUAAAUGCGCCGUGAACGGAUCCGGUUGCUCUGACAGCUGCACUUGCUCGGCUUGCGUCAACCCCCUGAAUAUGCUCACGGCUUUCUUUGGAAAGGCCCGGGUGCGGGCUUCUCCUUGCUUCCUGACCUGGAUCAAAAAGCAACAGAAGAAGCAUCAGAAAAAGCACUUUCCUCCUUUCGAUGUCACGGACGAGGAAAUGGUUGCUUCGCUUCGGUGCAAACUCAUGGGCAUCCCUGAAGGGUCGCCGUUGACGAAAGCGCCUGUCGGUGAUUAUUUCACUGAAUUCUGGGACCCGGACCUAUCGGAAUGGAAAGAGAAAUGGAUUGCGCCUGAGGUCACACCUGAAGAGCGGGAUCUGCUAACGAAAGAGUUGUUUGUGAAGGGACUGUCAGAUGAGGGGAUGUACAUGUAUUCUUUCUGUAGAGAAUAUUGGCAGGAUUUAGCAAACACCACCCAUUGUCGCGUCUGUGGAGAGUGUAAUGAUUGGCGCGAGUGGCAUUGUGGGGUUUGCAAGAAAUGUACUUAUGGAAUAUCGAUCCCUUGCGAGGGAUGUGGUGGAGUUUCGGAUAUGUACCAUGACACAUUGAAGCAUAGAUAA